AGCUGCGGAGUUGUGAAGUCAUGGCGGAGCUCCGCCGCGCCUCUGCUCGCUGGAGUUACGGAGAUCAUUUGUGAUAAACUGUCAAACUUUAUAACAAAUCUAAAAUGACCGAAAGCGAGUUAAAGUUGCGAGCGGCGACGGACCAGCGUCAAACGAUCUGAAACCGAGAGCUGGCAAAGAUGUGAGACUCUCCGGAGCCGAAGAAGAAGAAGAAAAAAACCGUUGGAGUCUCCCAAAGUCGCAAACAUGGCUUCUCGUUUCUUUCAAUUUCACGCAGAAAACUCUUUAACCGGAGCUUCGUUGUUUUCAGCGCUUUGUGUCGCUCUGUGAUGGAUCCCAAGCACAAAGAGUUGUUAGAGCAGUGCCAGCAAAAGUUGUCGGAGUCCGUGACAGAUGUGGACCGGGUGCUGGAGCUGCUGGCCCAGUCAGGCAGCCUGAGCCCGGCUGAGAGAGCGGAGCUGGACGCGACCUGCUCCGGCAGCGCAGAGAAGCUCCGUCUGCUCCUCCGGACUCUGCUGGAGAAGAAGGACCGGGACCACUUCCAGGAGUUCUGCUGGGCUCUGGAGAAGACCCAGCCGGUGCUGCUCGGCGCUCUGCUGCCGGUGGAGAACCACCACAACACGGGUUCCACGUGCAGCGUUCUGUCUGCGAUGCCGUCGGACUCAGAUAUCACAACAUGUCUGUCUUUCCCAGCAUCCUCACCUCCUCCUGCUCACCUGGAUAAGCAUGUGAUGAGUGAGAAACUGGAGACGGUGAACCUGCAGCUCAGACAGGUGACCCGCGAGCGAGACGACCUGCGCAAGCGACUGGCCCUCUCCUCGCCGGGCACCACCUUCGACGACUGCAGGCCGAGUGUGAAGCCGGGUCACGAUUACGAGCGUCUGAAGCUGCAGUGCAUGAAGGCCAUGUCAGACCUGCAGUCUCUGCAGAACCAGCACACCAAAACCCUGAAGAGAUGCGAGGAGGCCGUGAGAGACGCAGAGUACUACCACACUCUUCACGGGCGUGCGGUCGGUGAACAGACGCAGCUGCGGGACGAGAUGGAGGCCAUGAAGCAGAACUACUCUCAGCUGCUGCAGCAGCACUCACAGCUUCAGCAGACCUGCGACGAGCUGCGCUUUGUCCAUGACAGCGACCAGCGCGAGGUGGCAGACAUGCGCCUGCAGCAGCAACAGGUCAUGAGGGAGAACGGCUCCUCUGAACUGCUGAAUAAGCUUUACGAUACGGCUUUAAACAAGCUGGAGGGGAUGAAGAAAGAGUACGACGCCCUGAGGAUGCGAUACAACGAGAAAUCGGCGAGCCACAACGCCGAUCUGAGCCGCCUGGAGCAGAUGGAGGAGGAGAACCGGCGUCUGCAGAAACAGCUGGACGUUCUGCUGAAGCAGAGAGACUCGGCUCUACACUUCCAGCAGCAGUACAGCGGCUCCGUCAGGAGGUUCGAGGGUCUCCAGCAGGAGCUGAAUAAGGCGUCCGCUCGGAACGAGGAGCUGCAGAGAGAAACCGAUCGGCUGCAGAUGGAGAACACUGCAGAAGACACGCGCUAUAAGACCCUGCAGCUGAAGGCCGUGAAGGACGCCGAGAAGCUGAAGGAGGAGAGAGACUCGGUGCUAAACGAAUACAGGCUGAUCAUGAGCGAGAGAGAUCAGGUCAUCAAGGAGGUGGAUAAACUCCAGACCGGACUGGAUGUGGCUGAAGCCAAACUCAAGAACAGGUCUAGCGAGAGGAGGGUCGCCGGCGAGGAGAUGGAGGCUCUCAGACAGGAGCUGAACUCGGCUCUGCUGGACCGGGACCGUGCGAUCCGAGAGAAGAACGAGCUGCUGGAGAAAUACUGUCACGAGGUGCAGGACAAGGCCGAGACGCAGAAGGAGCUGAGCCAGGCCUGUAAGGACAUCGAGAUGGUGCGAGAGGAGCGCGACGUGGCCCGUAAAGAGCGAACAGAGGCCAUCAUCCAGAGAGACCAGCUCCUGAGAGAGUAUUAUCAGGCCAGACAGAAGCAGGACAGCGCGACGCUGGACAUGGAGCGUGUCAGUAAGGAGCUGGAGGUGCUUAGGAAGCAGUGCGAGGCCGUUUCGGAGGAGCUCCAGGAGUCUGUGCAGGAGGCAGAAGUUGCCAAGUGCCGCAGAGACUGGGCCUUCCAGGAGAGAGACAAGAUCGUAGCAGAAAGAGAGAGCAUACGGACGUUGUGUGAUAACCUGCGUCGCGAGAGGGACCGGGCCGUGAGCGAUCUCGCCGACGCUCUGAGAAACCUGGACGACCUGCGCAAACAGAAGAACGACGCGGUGCGAGAGCUGAAGGAGCUCAAGGAAUGCAUGGAGGAGCAGCUGGAGAAGGAGGCGCGUUUCCGCCAGCUGAUGGCCCACAAUUCCCACGACUCUGCCAUCGAUACGGACUCUCUGGAGUGGGAGACAGAGACGGUGGAGUUUGAGAGGAGUACGGACCACGUGGAUUUGAGCGCUCUGGGUUUUGAUAUUGCCGAGGGAGUGAGCGACCCGUAUCUACCCGGGGAUUAUGGGAUAUUCGUGAGCAAGGUGGACAAAGGAAGUGUCGCGGAGGGAAGGUUGAGAGUGAAUGAUUGGUUGUUGAAGAUAAAUGACGUGGAUCUGGCCAAUAAGGACAGGAAGCAGGUCAUAAAGGCGGUGUUCAGCGGGGGCGGAGUCAUCACCAUGGUGUGCCAGGAGAAGUCUCUGGAAGGAGGACGGAUGGUCACUUCUGUUCAUCUGACGCUGGCGGGACAUAAAGAUUGUGGCGUUGGGUUGGAGAGCGGCGUGUGUGUGUGUCGUCUGUUUUCUCCUGGCUGUCCCGCGGCCAGAGACGGUUCCCUGCGACCCGCCUAUCAACUUCACAAUCACACGCUUUCUAUAUACUCCUUAACUCUAUCCCUCCUGAAGUUUUUCCCCCAGAGUCUGUCGGGUCAGAGCAUCGCUGAGAGCCAGCGUGACUGUGAACGAAGCUCUAAUGGGAAGUCAGCGGAUCAGCUGAGGUCCUGCCGGAAGCAGGCCACCCAUAAAGACAUGUACAGCCCCACGCGUGACGUGGAGGGCGAGCGCGGUCAGCGCGGGACGCUGUAUCGCUCAGAGCCGUAUCAUGAGAUCUGCCCGCAUCCCACCUCCAAACGACCCCUCACCUUUCACCCCGUUUCCCCCGGCGACUGCAUCACCGUGGAGAUGAGUCAGGAGAGACGAUACAUCCCGCAGAAGCAAAGCAGCGGCACUUGGCCCAAAAUGGUAGCGGUUGCAAUGACAACAACCGACAGCAUCCCACCGCUCUAUUUUAAGACCCCAAAGAAGCGGAAGUCGAUAUUCGACGCAGACAUGUUCAAGCGUCCAGAGACGCCCUCCAAGCUGGACUACCUCAGUCUGUCCCAGAUGCCCAAACAUUCCCCGCAGAGCUCCUGGACGGAGACGGCGCCGCAGAUCCCGCCCGACCCGCCCAAACGCAGCGACUCCUUCAAGUUCAAACACAAGCCGCAGGGAAGCUCCGCCUCCGAUUCGACCAUCACCACCGGGUCUCCCCCGGCCACGCCCAUUCAGACCACGCCCACAGACAAACACAGUCCUGAGUUUGAAAGCCGAGACCGCAACGGGAACGUGCUUCAGAGACCGGGCUCUGGCGGCGCUGGGGGGUCGUUUGCGGAGGAGGUGUCCGGACAGGGUUCAGAUGAACUGGAGGUGAGGAGACCAAACUCUGCACCCGCUCAGCGCCGCAGCCUCACGCCGCUUAAGAUGCCGUUUCCACAGAGCUUCUCUCACGAUGAACAGUCUCCUGAACCUGUGGAUCUGGUCCGGUUUUCUCCUUUCCGUUCAAACCGUCACAGCUUCUCGCCUGUUCAAGCACACACGGCUCCCAGAACGCUGUCUCCAUACCCCGCUGUGACCGCAGUGAUGAGGAACCCGGUGUACACGGCCUGGAGUCACUGCGUCAAAACCACCAGCUCUGCUUCAGUCCCAGCACACACUCACACACUGAUGUAUGGCGUCUGUUCUGACUCUCUGUCUGCUCUCUUCAGUCCGCAGCAUCAGGGCCGAUGGAGUGUGGAUCUCAACCACAAGCGCUCCGGUGAGCUCUUCGACGGCUCUCGCGGUUCGGUUCAGCACAACACCAACUCCCUGCCCUCCAGCGCCAGACAGGGUUUGUCUCAGUACCGCGAGCAGCGCAUUAAGAUUCCCUCCACCCCUCGUUACGCGCGAUCCGCUCACGGCUCUGACAGAGGAUCUCUGUCUCACUCGGACUGCAGCAGCCCCAGUCUGAUAACUCCGCCCCUCUCUCCUCUGGACGCCGCCUCCUUCAGCAGCAGCCAAUCACAGGGCUCCAUCUCCGCCCAGACAAGGCUGUCAGUCAGUCCUGUGCCAAUAGACAGGAGGAGGGACAGAUGCUCGUUGCGUAACAGGUCUUACCUGAAGCUUUCUCGAGCUCAGAGGUCGUGGUUUGCCUCUUUACGGACCCUGAGGCCGUACAUUGAGGAGCCGCGAUGUGUCACUAUCCCCAAAGGGGCGGAGCCUCUGGGCAUCUCUAUAGUGGGCGGGGAGAAUGGCGGCAUCUUUGUUUCCAAGGUAACGGGAGGCAGCAUCGCUCAGAAGCACCACCUGGAGUUUGGAGAUCAGCUGCUGGAGUUUAACGGCAUUAAUCUCAGGAACGCCACGGAGCAGCAGGCCAGACUCAUCAUUGGGCAGCAGUGUGACACCAUCACCAUACUGGCACAGUACAACCCACACAUGCACCAGCUGGGCAAUCACUCGCGCUCGAGCUCCCGGAUGGAGUCGUCUGUAAGCUCUCACUCGACGCCCGACACACACUCCAACAUCGACACGCUCAGCGAACAGGACGAGGGCACCAUGACUCCGCCCUCCAAACAGGCCACGCCCACAACCAGCCCUCUCAGGGAUCGGAGCGAGGGCAGGAAGCAGGCGGAGCUGAGGCUGGUGGUGCUGAGGAAGACUCCGGUGGAUCUGGGGCUGAAGAUCUGUGGAGGAAACCUGACGGGGGUUUUCGUGGAGGCUCUGGAAGAGGACGGUCCCGCUCGAGGAGCCGACGGCCUGCAGCCCGGAGACCUGAUCCUGGAGUGUAACUCGGUGAGUUUGAAGAAUAAGACCGCCGAGGAGGUGUAUCUAGAGAUGCUGAAACCCUCGGAGAACGUCACGCUGAGAGUCCAGUACCGACCCGAACACUUCAGGAGGGUCAAAGACGCACUCGGAGACGGGUUUUACAUCAGGGCGCUGUUUGAUCAUGUUGGUGAUUUGGAGCAGGAGCUGAGUUUCAAGAAGGAUGAUAUUCUCUACGUGGACGACACGCUGCCUGGGGGGAGUUUGGGCUACUGGUUGGCAUGGCAACUGGACGAGAACGCACAGAAGCUGGUGCGCGGACACGUACCCAGCAAGUGCAUGAUGGAUCAAGAUUCCCAGCGGCGGUACAGUGUCACAGACGGUAAGGACGACAGCGGCUCUGGUAAAACGCUCUCAGCCGCGGCGCGCCGAUCCUUCUGUCGCCGUAAACUCAAACACAAACGCAGCAGCUCCAAAGACGGGCGUGAUGCUCCGGCGGCAGACGCCCUCAGCACUGACUCCGUGCCCUACAUGGACGACUGUCUGAGUCCGGCGUAUCAGCGCGUGCUGAAAGUGGAAUCGACCAAUCGCAGGCCGGUGCUGAUUCUGGGGCCCCUCGUCGAGCCAAUCAAAGACAUGCUGCUCAGAGAGGCUCCUGGGAAAUACUGCCGCUGUUUACCUGAGGGGAUGAAGGCGACCCAGCAGGCCAUCGAGCGAGGCGUCAAAGACUGUCUCUUCAUCGAUUACAAGCGCAGGAGCGGCCACUUUGAUGUGACGACGGUGGCAUCCAUUAAGGAAAUCACAGAGAAGGACUGUCAUUGUCUGCUGGACAUCGCUCCUCACGCCAUCGAGCGCCUGCACGUCGUCAACAUUUACCCCAUCGUCAUAUUCAUACGAUACAGAAACGCUAAGCAGAUCAAGUGACAGAAAGACCCCGUGUAUCUGCGAGACAAAGUGUCCCAAAAACAUUCCAAAGAGCAGUUUGAGUCUGCGCAGAGGAUCGAACAAGACUACAGCAAAUACUUCACAGGCGUCGUCCCGGCCGGCAGUCUGUCCAGCAUAUGCUCUCAGAUCAUGGCCAUCGUGGACCAGGAGCAGAACAAAGUGCUUUGGAUUCCUGAUGGAAGCAUAUGAAGAGAGUACACACACAUCCUUCACAACACACUGCUGAUUAUCUGCUUACUUUAUAUUUCUGUUGUUUUUCAUUACACAUAUCUAAAGCUACGUUUAAGGAAAGAGACUUAAGGUAUUACGUCUUGUUUUCUGAAGAAUCGAGUGAUGUGGGAUAAGAAAAAUAAUCAAGUAUUUAAGUAGAAGUUCAUUAAGAAAUGAAAAAUGUGCUCACACUCAGAUCAGCUGAGAUCAGGAUGAGUUUGUUUCUUCAUCAGGUUUGGAGAAAUGUAGCACUGCAUCAGAGUCUCAGCAACAGAUGCUAUGCAGUG